AUGAGUCUGAAGAAUGAGAUAAUUUCCAAGGUUCUACUCACUACGGAGCAGUAUAAAGGGAGUUUUGCUGCGUUUCGUACAGCAGUCUUGCAGAAUGAGUAUACGAGCACCAACCCGAAUUUCUCCCGCCUAUUGAUAUGGAAACUGUGCUUUCUCACCGAAACACUUAACAUUCCUUCAUGGGAGCUGAAGCUCCUGGCCUCGAGGGCAGUGUAUCAGCUGCUUAGGAGUAAUCCAGAGAUGAAUGUUCCGUGGCAUAAACUAGACAAGGACAACGAGUUCUAUCAACCGAAUGCAUCAAAACUGAUACCCAAUACCGUGGCACAUCCUUUGACGCGCAUACAUGACGUCCAAGAUGAUCCGUUGAGUGCCAAAACCGCUCCUGAUGAUUUGCAGAAGAAGAACAACCCAGUCCAAACGGAUUCGGAGCUAUUGGACGCCAUUAUUUUAGACGUACAGCGUUUGUUUCCAGGCGAGGAUUAUUUCCAUAACGGUCUGGAUGCGGCUUUUGCUGCAAAGCGUCAACUUAUCACGAUCCUAUAUAUAUGGUGCAAAUGUAAUCCUACUGUGGGCUACAAGCAGGGAAUCCAUGAGAUUUUGGGCUUGAUUUACUUAAACAUGAUUAAGGAAUCAGUUUCUCUAACAAAUACGACCGAUUGCACGGCUGAUGACAUGAUGAUCCUCUCUCUCUACAACCUACAAUACUUGGAGCACGACCUCUUUGCGCUCUUCAACCGGUUUGUGGUGUCAAGUGGGAUUGUGGCUGCGUUCUAUGAGACAGAGCAACUGCUCAUGCGAUCCAUUGAGUCCUUCAAUGGCCUUCUCAUGAAGGUAGACCAGCUUGUGCACUAUAAUCUCAUCACCAAACUUCGGCUCGAUACGCCGCUCUGGAUCAUAAGAUUCUUGAGACUCCUUCUUCUUAGAGAGCUCAGUAAUGAUCUAGAGGUUGCCUCUCUGCUUUGGGAUAAACUUGUCGCUGCAGAGCUGGAGAAACCUAUUGGUCAGACGUGUCUCUCAGAUAUGAUCAUCUGCAUGAUAGUGGUGAUGCUUGUACAUUUGAAGACCGAGCUCAUGCUCUGCGACUUCUCUGAAGCACUUUCUUUACUUCUUCACUAUCCGAUCACGACAAAAAUGACAGUGUAUCCAGACUUCAUGAACCUCCUUUUUCGAGACGCUCACAACCUCCACGCGCUCCGAGACAAGGACCUCAAGCUUUAUGAGUACGGAAUCAAGUUGAAUAAAAUGUACAAUUCCAAAAUCAAAGUGAAUUUUGGAGCGUCUAAUGGUUCUACACCAUCCAGUCCUGGCGUUCUUUCACCCAAAGCCUCCCUCGAAAUGCCUUCGAAAGCCGAUACCAGAGCAGCCAAACUGAAAUUUGAGAAGAACAGACUCGAGAUGCGACUCAAGAAAAGGGCUCAAGAAAUGAUAAAUCAAUAG